UUGGGUGUGAGGGGGGUUGGGAAUGGUUUGACGGCCCCAAGUCGCCCCAACUGGAUCCACCCUCGACAACAAAAAGCGCCGGCAUUGCAUCUCGGGACUGCUCCGGAUCCCCACUUGCCGAUCGGGGUCUGAUCCCAAGAUUUCGACCCCCGGGCGACGGCGGGGAGGGACUUACCCCACCUUCGCUCGGGCUUGUUAAGCAGCGGCGGACUUGCUUUUUCCCUUUAAACUCCAACUUACUCCCACCAUAGCACCUCGCCCUCUUAUAAACUACAGAUUACUCCAUUUCACGUCCCGGAUCUCGCCACCAGAUACCUCUCUCCACCAAACAUCUCCCUCCACCAUGUCUACAUCCGCCACUGCUCCGCCCGAGGGCUCCCCGGUCCCCUUCUUCAUCAACGGCAAGGAAGUCCACGUCAACCCGGAGCAGAGGUUCAAGGUUGUGUCACCCGCAACCGGCGAGGUGGCCCAUGAGUCCGCCGGCGCGAACGCGGCCGAUGUUGAAGCCGCCCUCGACGCAGGCGCGAAUGCCUUCCGGACUUGGAAGAAGGCUCUGCCAGGGGGGCGCCGUGACAUCUUCCUCAAGGCCGCCGAGAUCAUGGCGAGGAGGCAGGAGGAGCUUGGGGGGUAUAUGAUGGCCGAGACGGGCUGCCCGCGCCAGUGGGCCGACUUCAACGUGACAGCGGCAAAGGAGCUCAUCCUCGACGUGGCCGGCAGGCUGGCUACUCUGGAUGGCAGCUUGCCCACCCCCCACAGUCCGGACACGGGCGCCAUGGUUGUCACUGAGCCCUUUGGCGUCGUCCUUGCGAUUGCCCCUUGGAAUGCCCCCUACAUCCUCGGUGUCCGCUCAGUAUUGUACCCCAUCGCCGCUGGCAACACGGCUAUCCUCAAGGGGUCCGAGUUGUGCCCGCGGACUAUGUGGGGUCUCUGCUCCGUCUUCCACGAGGCCGGCCUGCCGGACGGCGUGCUGAACUUGCUCUUCCACGAGCCCGCCCAGGCGGCCGCCAUCACGCAGAUGCUGAUCGCCGACCCCCGGAUCAAAAAGAUCAACUUCACCGGCAGCACCGUGGUCGGCCGCAUCAUCGGCCGGCUAGCCGGCGAGCACCUCAAGCCGGUGCUCCUCGAGCUGGGCGGCAAGGCGCCGGCCAUCGUGUGGGAGGACGCCGACCUGGACAACGCCGCCGUGCAGUGCGCGCUGGGCUCAUUCCUGAACUCGGGCCAGAUUUGCAUGUCCACCGAGCGCAUCCUCGUGCACAAGAGCGUCCGGGCCGCCUUCGAGGCCAAGCUGGCCGGAGCCAUCGACCACAUCUUCGGCGGCGCGCACGACGCCCCCGUGCUGAUCAACAGCGCCGGCGUCGCCAAGAACAAGAAGCUGAUCGAGGACGCCCUCGCCAAGGGGGCCUCCCUGCUAUACGGGGACGUCAACGCCCAGGAGUCGACCCCGACGCGCAUGCGGCCCGUCGUCGUCACGGGCGUCAAGACCGACAUGGACAUCUACAAGACAGAGAGCUUCGGGCCGACCGUGGCGCUGUACGAGAUCGAGACGGAGGAGGAGGCGCUGCGGAUCGCCAACGACACCGAGUACGGCCUCUCGUCGGCCGUCUUCACCGAGGACCUCCGGCGCGGCCUGCGCUUCGCCAAGGAGAUCGAGACGGGCGCCGUCCACAUCAACAGCAUGUCGGUCCACGACGAGAGCGCCCUGCCCCACGGCGGUGCCAAGGCCUCGGGGUAUGGACGGUUCAAUGCUGCGCUGGGCCUGUCGGAAUGGGUCAGGACGAAGACCAUCACGUUCAAGCUGUAGUAGUCAACUUUCGGGUGUCGGUGUAUAAUAUCAUGAUACCAUUUGUUUUUGCUGCCAUCUGUCGCAACACCGGUAUGGGUAAGGGUACAUACCCCUGGUUUACUAGCAGAUUUGUUUGAAUAUCAAUACAUAUCACAUCGCAAAGUGGCACAACCGGGUGGUCAGACCCGAGACAUGCAAAGGCAGGGGCACAUACGUUAGAAGCGAAAAUCCAGGGUAUACUUGAGGAGGAGCUAUGUCCGUCUACCGUUUCCCCUAUCUACCAACUGCGCCGCCCGCAGACUUCAGAAAAACCCCUAGUAUGAACCCCGAAAAAUAUACACACACCAGAACAUAAAACCUCCCCCCCCUCCCUC